AUGUUUUUCGAAUUCAUCUGUGUUAUAAUUCUUAUAUUACUUAUUAUUUAUUAUAAAUUAAUUGAAAAACCUCGUCAAAUUUAUAAUGCUGUUCGAUUACAAGGUAUUCCAGGUGACCCAUUUAUACCUAUAUUUGGUCAAUUAAAAGAACAUAGAAGAUAUUAUGAAUCGGAUAAACAUAUGGAGUUUUAUAUGGAUUUAGAAAAGAAACAUGGAAGUCGAUUUAUUUUACCAAUAGGACCCAUUGUUAAUCUUGUUAUUCUUGAUGCUGAUCUUAUUAGUGAAGUAUUAAUUAAAAAAUAUGCAUUUUAUAAAAAACCGAAAUUAUUUCGAACUCAAAUCGGUUCAGUUUUAGGACCAGUUAAUUUAAUAUUAGCUGAAGGAGACGUUCAUACACGCAUUCGAGAAAUGUUAAAUCCAGCAUUUCAUUAUAUUAAUUUACAAUCAUUAACUUCAUUAAUGUGUCAAGAAACAGUAAAAGUAAUUGAAUCAUGGAUAAAUAAAUAUUCCAAUACAUAUUUUGAUAUUCAAACUGAGAUACAUAAAUUAUCGUUAACUAUAAUAUGUUCAUCAUCAUUUGGAAUGACGGUGACACAUGAAUUAACAAAUGAACUUUGUCAAUUACUAAAAGAUGCUUUUGAUGCACUUUAUUAUCGAACAAAUCAUUUUCCAAUAUUUCAAAUUCCAAUAUUAAAUAAAUUACCGAUAUUAAAAAAACCAGUUAUUGAUAAACUAGGUCAUAGAUUUCGUUCACUUGCAAGACAAAUGAUUGAACAACGAAGAUGUCAUAUGAAUGAAAAUCAUUCUGAUCAAAAUGAUUUAUUAGAUUUAUUAUUAACAGCUGAAGAUAAAGAAGGAAAGAAGUUUUCAGAUGAAGAAAUAGAAAAUGAAGCUAUUACAUUUGUUCUUGCUGGUCAUGAAACAACCGGUGGAUUAUUAAGUUGGUGUUUAUAUAUUCUUUUAACUAAUCCUGAAGUAUUUAAUGAUUGUCGAGAAGAAGUUGAUCGAGUUUUAAAUGGACAAAUACCUGAUUAUAGUGAUUUACAAAAUUUAAUCAUAAUUGAUGCUGUUCUACAUGAAACAUUACGAUUAUAUCCACCUGUAUCAAUUAUUAUGCGCGAAUGUAUACGUGAACAUACAAUUGGUGAAGAAGAAAUACGAAUUCCUGUUGGUGCAGGUGUUGUAUUUAAUUUUUAUAAUUUACAUCGUUCAGACAAAUAUUGGAAAGAUCCAUUAAAAUUUGAUUAUCAACGAUGGAUAAGAAAUUCGAAUGGAUUGAAACCAAAACUUGCGCAUCGAUUUUGUUAUCUUCCAUUUUUAGCUGGUGUUAGAAAUUGUAUUGGACAAAAUUUUGGUCUUUUAGAAGCCAAAAUUGUUCUCAUUAUUAUGAUUCAAAAAUUGAAUAUCGAAAUAAAACCUGAUCACAAAGUAGUUCCACAUCAUCGAAUUACUUUAAAAGCUAAAUAUGGAAUUCAAGCAAAGAUUCAACCAAGAGUUUAA